AUGGCUCCACUCACAGAGGUUGAGAUCACUAGUCUUCUUCUGGGAUGCACCCAGAGAAAGACUUCGACUACCACAUAUUACGAACCUCUGGGCCUCACCCAGCUAUCACUAUCCAAAGGCCCAAGUGGCCCACCGAAAUUCACCGGCGUCGUUAAGAAAUUCUAUCAGGCUACUCAGAGCCUAGUUGACGACCUGGUGGGACGCUAUAACUCGAGAGAAGAAGUACAACAGGUCAUACAGGCGCAGCGAACUUUCCACCAUGAAGCUACUGAGGAUUGUCUAGCUCAAUAUGGUUCCAAGAUAUGGAGUGAUGGCGUGUCGAGACCUUUUACAACGACUAUUGACGGCGACAUCUACCCACAGCGGCUUGUGUACGCCAACAAAGAUGAUCGAUCAAGAAUUCGAACAUACGUUUACUGCUUGGUCUUACAACGCGCAUGUCACAAACUGGGGAAGAAAUCUUCCCACUCUGAGGAAGACCACUUCGUAAUCACAGAGACCACACAUGCAUCGCCCCGCCCCCCAAUAAACGGCCAAACCAGCUUGCUUCCACCAGAUCCCGAUAUUUCACCCGGUGGAAUGACCGACCCACUAAGUUCAAAUGGGAUUUCGUACCGAGACAAGCGUAGGGAUCCACUUGACGCAAGGCAUUACCCAGUACCAGUCGCUCAAAUGUUCCCCAGC